CUUCCGGUCACGGGGUCUCAGCCCUGAAGUGAAGAGCGUGGCAUUGUGGGAUUUCCUUCCUUUCUCGCUCUCCGGCCAUCUUGGCGGCUGCAGUGGGCUGGGGGCGUCUCGCGCCUAAGGCAGGAAGAUGGUGGCCGCAAAGAAGACGAAAAAGUCACUGGAGUCGAUCAACUCCAGGCUCCAACUGGUUAUGAAAAGUGGAAAGUACGUGCUGGGGUACAAGCAGACUCUGAAAAUGAUCCGACACGGCAAAGCGAAACUGGUCAUCCUCGCCAACAACUGCCCAGCCUUGAGGAAAUCUGAAAUAGAGUAUUAUGCCAUGUUGGCCAAAACUGGUGUCCAUCACUACAGUGGCAAUAAUAUUGAAUUGGGCACAGCGUGUGGAAAAUACUACAGAGUAUGCACACUUGCUAUCAUUGAUCCAGGUGAUUCUGAUAUCAUUAGAAGCAUGCCAGAACAGACUGGUGAAAAGUAAAUCAUGCACAAUUUUUCUUUAAUAAAACUGGCCAGAGCUUGUUUUAAAAAUA